UUUUUUUUAAGAUUUCAAAAUCAACCAUCCGAUCUGAAGGUGCGGGUUGGCGAAUGGGAUACCCAAACGACGAGAGAGCGACUGCCUUAUCAAGAGAGGGACGUGGUGCAAAUUGUGGUGCAUGAAGGUUUCAGAGCGAACAAUUUAUUUAAUGACGUAGCACUUCUCGUAUUAGCAUCUCCCGUCGAUAAAUACGAUCACAUCGGGACGAUAUGCCUUCCUUCACAAAAUUUACAAUUCACAUCGAGAGACUGUUUCGCAACUGGAUGGGGAAAGGACGUUUUCGGCAGAAAAGGACAGCCGCAAGUCAUUUUGAAGAAGAUACAGCUGCCAAUUGUUCCACAUAACAUAUGUCAGGAUUCUCUUCGCAAGACACGUCUUGGACUUGCAUUCGCCCUGCACUCAUCUUUCAUUUGCGCGGGAGGAGAACCCGGAAAGGAUACAUGUACGGGUGACGGUGGUGGACCUUUAGUUUGUCCUGAUCCAACCAACCCCAGCAGAUACAUGCAAACAGGUAUCGUAGCCUGGGGUAUUGGUUGCGGUGACACGGGGGUUCCUGGUGUCUAUGUCGACGUGGCACAAUUUAGAAAUUGGAUAGAUGAACAACUAGCAAGACUGAAAAUCGAUACUAGCCCGUACAAAUUUUGAUUUAAAUAAUAAUACAAUAAAGUAAUUUUUUAAA